GAAUAACGCGUCUGAAAUGCGCUUUAUUCUCUUAUUGUGCGGAUAUUUGGGUACUUUUAUCGGCAUGGGUCCGAAGAAAACGGGUUAUCGUCUGUGCAGCGGCGUUGUGUUUUAAUAAUCGGUGGAACAAGCGGUUCUUGGGGCACUUUGGAUGGCAUCUUGAGCAAGGAGGAGCCGGUGUUAGCCCCCCUGUAUGUAGCAGCCUAGAGCCUGGUGUAAGCUCAACGCGUGGACUAGGUACAAUUCGGUUACCUAUAAAACAUCCGCACAGGUUCGCUUUAAAGGCUGGGUUUAAUCUGCAGUUUGCAUCGGAGAUAGAUCGGAUUGAGAAGAAGAAAGAACCGGUUGGUCGGAGCAGCAGAGACUUGCGUCGAGGAGCGAUCACUACAAUCUGUGACAAGGCGAAGCCUCCACAUUUCACUGGAUCUAACCUUAAUAUCUCAGGAAAAUGUCAUCUCAGACCAAAUACAAGAAGGACAAGGAGAUCAUUGGGGAAUAUGAAACGCAAGUGAAAGAGAUCCGUAAUCAACUGGUGGAGCAGUUCAAGUGUCUGGAGCAGCAGUCGGAGUCUCGGAUCCAGCUGCUGCAGGACCUGCAGGAGUUUUUCCGCCGCAAAGCAGAGAUUCAGCUGGAGUACUCCCGCAGCCUGGAGAAACUAGCCGAGAGGUUCUCCUCCAAGAUCCGCUCGUCCAGGGAACACCAGCAGUUCAAAAAAGACCAGCACCUCCUCUCUUCAGUGAACUGCUGGUACAUGGUUCUGAACCAAACCCGCAGAGAAAGCAGAGACCACGCCACGCUCAACGACAUCUACAUCAACAACGUCAUCGUCCGCCUGGCGCAGGUCAGCGAGGAUGUUCUUCGCCUCUUUAAAAAGAGUAAAGAAAUUGGCAUUCAGAUGCAUGAAGAGUUGGUGAAGGUGACGAACGAGCUGUACACGGUGAUGAAGACGUAUCACAUGUACCAUACUGAAAGCAUCAGCGCCGAGAGCAAGCUGAAGGAUGCUGAAAAACAGGAGGAGAAACAGUACAGCAAAUCCGGAGACCUGAACGUCAAUCUGCUCCGGCAUGAGGAGCGCUCACAGCGUCCCAGCUCGGUCCGGAAGAUCGAAAAAAUGAAGGAGAAGAGACAAGCCAAGUACUCCGAAAACAAGCUGAAAUGCACAAAAGCUCGCAACGACUAUUUAUUGAACCUGGCAGCCACCAACGCUGUAGUGGCAAAAUACUACAUCCAUGACGUGUCGGAUAUGAUUGAUUGCUGUGACCUCGGCUACCACGCCAGCCUGGCUCGGACGCUCAGGACCUAUCUCUCGGCGGAGUAUAACCUGGAGACGUCACGUCACGAAGGACUGGACCUGAUCGAGAGUGCCGUGGACAACCUGGACUCCCGCAGUGACAAACACAAGCUCAUGGACAUGUACAACCAGGUUUUCUGUCCUCCCAUGCGCUUCGAGUAUCUGCCCCACAUGGGGGAUGAGGUACCGUUUCACAGUGGCGGAGAUAAUGUGUGCCAGGUGAGCGCGCAACAGCCGGUGCAGACAGAGCUCCUGAUGCGCUACCAUCAGCUCCAGUCACGCCUGGCCACACUGAAGAUAGAAAACGAGGAGGUGCGCAAGACUCUGGACGCCACAAUGCAGACCCUUCAGGAUAUGCUGACCGUUGAGGACUUUGAUGUAUCAGAUGCCUUCCAGCAUAGCAGAUCCACAGAAUCUAUCAAAUCUGUGGCUUCUGAAGGCUACAUGAGCAAACUGAACAUCGCCAAGAGACGCGCCAACCAGCAGGAGACUGAGCUCUUCUACUUCACAAAAUUUAAAGAGUACCUGAAUGGCAGCAACCUCAUCAUUAAACUGCAGGCCAAGCAUGACUUGCUGAAGCAGACUCUGGGGGAAGGAGAAAGAGCCGAGUGUGGAACCACCAGACCCCCAACCCUUCCCCCAAAACCACAGAAGCUACGGAAGCCCAGGCCACGUUCCGUCUAUAAUCAUAAGCUGUUUAACGGAAACAUGGAGACCUUCAUUAAGGAUUCUGGUCAACCCAUUCCUCUUGUGGUGGAGAGCUGUAUACGAUACAUCAACCUGUACGGCCUGCAGCAGCAAGGCAUAUUCCGAGUUCCCGGCUCUCAGGUGGAGGUUAACGAUAUAAAAAAUUCAUUCGAAAGAGGUGAAGACCCUCUUAUCGAUGAUCAGAGUGAUCAUGACAUAAACUCGGUAGCUGGGGUGCUGAAGCUCUACUUCAGAGGUCUGGAGAACCCGCUCUUCCCUAAGGAGUGCUUCCUCGACUUUAUCUCCACCAUCAAGCUCGAGUCGUCUGCCGAACGAGUCCAUCACCUUCAGCAGAUCAUAGUGACCCUUCCUCGUACCAUCAUCAUUGUUAUGAGAUACCUGUUUGCCUUCCUCAAUCAUCUCUCACAGUACAGUGAUGAAAAUAUGAUGGAUUCCUACAACCUGGCCAUCUGCUUCGGUCCCACUCUCAUGCCUAUCCCGGACAGUCAGGACCCCGUGGCUUGCCAGGCCCACGUCAACGAAGUCAUCAAGACCAUCAUCACGCACAGUGAGGUCAUCUUCCCGAGCCACCGUGAGCUGGAGGGGCCUGUCUAUGAGAAGUGCAUGACUGGAGGAGAAGAGUAUUGUGACAGCCCCCACAGUGAACCAGGCACCAUUGAUGAAGCGGACAACGGAACUGAGCCACACACUAGUGAUGAUGAGGUGGAGCAGAUUGAGGCCAUUGCUAAGUUCGACUACAGUGGGCGCACCCCACGGGAACUCUCUUUUAAGAAGGGGGCGUCUCUGCUGCUUUACCACCGAGCUUCAGAGGACUGGUGGGAGGGCAGACACAAUGGCGUGGAUGGACUUAUCCCACACCAGUACAUCGUAGUGCAAGACCUUGAUGACGCUUUUUCUGACAAUCUGAGUCAGAAGGCAGACAGUGAGGCGAGCAGUGGUCCCCUGCUAGAUGACAAAGCAUCAUCCAAAAACGACCUUCACUCACCAUGUGAGCCGAUCCAUGAGUACAACUUCAAUGCAGCGAUGGGCAGGGUGCGCCUGCGAUCAGACGGCGCCGCUAUCCCGCGUCGGCGCAGUGCCGCAGAGAGCCACAGUCCUCCCCGUAGCUCUGACACACCUCCUCGAGCAGCGGCGUGUCCCAGCAGCCCCCACAAAGCCUUGAUCAGCAGCAGGGGCCGCGUGGAGAGUCCCGAUAAGAGGCGACUGGGCACGUUCGGCAGCGCUGGCACCAUCAACUACCCUGAAAGAAAAAUGUUCCCUGACGGCCACCCGUUGAGACCGGUCACUGGAACGCGCCACAGUAGCCUGGGAGACCACAAGAGCCUGGAGGCUGAAGCUUUGGCUGAGGACAUAGAGAAGACUAUGAACACGGCUCUGCACGAGCUGCGAGAGCUGGAACGCCAGAAUACAGCGAAACAAGCCCCAGACGUAGUGCUGGACACACUGGAACCUCUAAAGAACUCAGCUAACUCCGAGCCAGCCAGCCCAUCACACACCAUCGCCAUCCGCGACCCGGAGGCAGUUCUGCGUCGUGGUAGCGGCUCCUCUUCCAACUCAUCCGAGACCGUCAUGAUGAGCACCUUCAAACCGGUGCUGUGUGCCAGGCUGCCAAGUACCCAGCUGCGACCUCCGACCAUGCGACCAGUGCGCCCGGCACCCUCUCAGCACCCACAGCGCUCCAGCAGCUCUGGUUCAUCUGGGAUAGGCAGCCCCGCCAUCACCCCUACUGACAAGAGCUUUCCCAGCAGCCCCUCCUCCAACUCGGCCGACAAACACGGAGGCAGCAUGUAGCUGCGCCAGGGUUGCGGAUACAGGGUCAGCUCCGUGCCCUGAGGAGUGUACAUAGUUACAA